UAACUGUGAGUUUUAAAAGGAGCACCUUUCUCAGAUUUGUCUUUGGAAUUUUCAGAGAUUUCUGCCAUAAAAUAUGUCCACAUUGGCAAUUACAACACAACAAUAAAACACAAAUAAUUAAAACAAAUGUCGGGAUGAAUGAAGUUUCAAGGCGGUCAGCGGAAAUUCUUGAAGGAUGCUGUUAAAAUACAAAGCAUGGAGAAUGGCCGGCAGGAUGGCCCUGUCAGACAACAAGGCUCUGGUCCUGGGUGUGUUGGCUGGAGUGGCUGGCCUGGGCACUGUGGUGUUGUACAACAGUAGGAGGGCCGUGCCAACGAGUGGACAUGGUGUGCACAGUAAACUGUACCUCAGCAGUAAUGACCAGCGGGUGGCUGGAGCCAGUAUGGUGGUGAGGGAAAUGCCGGGUCAGGCUGAGGUUCUAGAUCGUCUCGCAGCCCUGAUCCAGUGUGUGUCAGAGCUGAAGGAUGAGGUGCGGGCCCUAAAGAGUGCCAUCCCAAAGCUGCAGGACCACGUCAGGGAUGAGCUGAGAGGACGCAGCGGCCGGGCUGAGGGGGCUGUGGCUCGCGUAAGGGCAGGCCCACCAAACCGAACUACACCCACACGCAGGAGGAAAGUUGCAGGGGGAGUGGCCAGAGCUGGAGGCCAAAGCUCUGAGGAGGAGGCUGAGAGUGAAGGAGGGUACAUAACUGCUUUAACCGAUUCUGAGGAAGAAGAGCAGAUUGAGGCUGAGGGUCAGAGUCCAUAUGAACUGACUGUGAUUGAGCCUCUGAAUGAGUUCUCAGCCCUUCUGGAGAGGGUGGACGCUCUACACGACGGCAGCGAUGGAGACAAGAGGGAGUGCCUCCGCACCAUGCUGGAUAAGAGGGAGCAGUUUGGACAGAACACUACGUUCUUAUGGCGACUAGUUCGGGCCUACGUGGAUGUUCAUGACAUCACUGCCAACCUAGAGCAAAAGAAGACCCAUGCAGAGACUGGGAAGAAAGUUGGCGAGGAAGCCGUAAAGCUGAACCCUAUGUGUGCCGAAAGUCAUCAGUGGUACGCCAUAAUGUGUGGCCUCAUGACGGAGUAUGAGACUGUGCAGAACAGGAUAAAGAAUGCCUACAUCUUCAAAGAUCAUUUGGAUAAGGCCAUUGAGCUGAAACCACAGGAUCCUAUGUCUUACUACCUGCUCGGUCGCUGGUGCUAUGCUGUGGCUCAGCUGUCGUGGAUUGAAAGGAAAGUUGCUGCUACAUUGUUUGGAGAGCCUCCAAGUGCCACGGUCCAAGAUGGUCUGAAGAACUUCCUCAAGGUGGAGGAGAUCAGUCCCAAGUACUCCAAAUUAAACUAUGUGUUUUUAGCCAAGUGCUACAGAGACCUGGGGCAAAAAAGUCAGGCCAGGAAGAUGUGUGAUGCUGCUACUUCAAUGGAAACCAUUUCCAAAGAGGAUGAGGAGGCACAGAAGGAGCUGGACACCCUUUUCUCUGCUCUAGGUGUUAAUUGAGGACAUUGUGGAAUGGCUCCAUCCCCUUGCUAGGGAGGAACCCAGGAUCCUCCUCACUGGAAAACACACUAUGAAGGGAUAGCCAAUCCAUGUCUUCCUUGAUUACUGUUGGGACAGUAUCUUCCUCGUGCUAGUGCUCUCUGGGAUUGGAGAUGACUGGAACCCUGGCCUAGCCUUAGAACUGCACACACACAAGUGUGUUUUAAGGAGAUUCUGACACAAAUUCCUCAACAAUAAAGACCUUUCUGGUUUUGUGAAAGUGAUCCACAGAACUUGUUGUUCCCUCCCGCCAUGUCCUGUUUUUGUUUUGUCUCUAGCAGUGCUUUCAAGUGGCAAUAACAAAACCGUUUUAAACAAAGGUGCAACCCAAACACAGCUCUCUGUCGCACUGUGAUUACCGAGUGACCAUUUGUCCCUUUUACCCCCUGAUUGUAAUGUAACUAUACUGCACCCUAUUCCUUAUAAGGUACACUACAUUUGACCAAAGCCCUAGGUCACUAAAGAGGGAAUAGAAGCUCUGGUCAGAUGUAGUGCACUAAAUAAGGAACGGGGUGCCAUUGCAGACUCAAGCUCGGUAUUAUUUGGCCUGCAUUGAGUGGCUACUGUAGGUUACCAGGUCUUGUGUUCCUGUCACUGCCUGUGCAUGGACAGAGAUCAUGGUCACAUCGUUUUAAGAUGAAGGAGUUGAUAGGGAAGGAAACGUGACCCCUAGACGGCUCCUUGGGUCCUCACGUUCACACUUGGUCGGGGUGCUGCUCAUCACAUUCCAGCUAGCUAGAGGACAUUUUUUAGCAUAGAAUGUGAUUUGAGAUUAGAUCCUGUAGCCUAAUAGUCCAUGGGCAAUGUGCACGUCAGAGAUUUUAUAUCGUAGUCGAUAGGUUUUACUGAAUUUUGAAUGUCGUUUUAUUCAUUUUUUGGGGGGUUAAGUAAAGCAAAUGGUGAGGUGGAUUUGAAUACUUUUAGUAUUUUUCAUUUGUAUGGUUUCUUUUUGGGAUUACUGGGGGGAAAGCAUGGGCUUUAAGAAUCUGUGGUUCUUUAUGUUCUCUUGGGUAUAAUUUAGUCUUCUGGAAACCAUUAACUGGUGCGUACUUUAUCCAACAGGUGAACUACAAGAAUGGUACUUGUUUUUGUUUUUGCCUAACAGGUUUUUCUAUAUUCCAGCGAUAUGAAUGUAUGCUUUAGUUUUAUCUAGGGUGGUGCACAUUGCAGUGAAGUAAAUGAUCUUGUAAAUAAAAUAAUAAAACAUUAUAUAGACACCACUGA